AUGACUUCUCCUGCAGAACGCGAAGAACAGCACCAGACGCUCAUCACGCCCGACGCGCCCCAGCUCCAGCCCCAGCCCCAGCCCGCCCCCGCGCAGACGAGCAACCCCUUCGCCGCCACCAUGUCGCGCUUCAACAUCCCCAUCUCCGCCCUGACGUCCCGCAUGGACCUGCAGGGCCGCUUCGACGGGCUGCGCUCGACGUCAGUCUCGUCGCGCUUCGCCAACCUGCGCCCCAUCAGCGAGUUCCUCGACGUCAAGCGCAUCUCCAAGCCCGCCAACUUCAGCGAGGCCCAGGGCCGCAUCAACUUCAACCUGGGCUACUUCUCCAGCAACUACGCCGCUGUCUUUGCCAUGCUCAGCAUCUACAGCCUGCUCACCCACCUGCUGCUGCUGUUCGUCAUCAUCUUCGUCAUCGGCGGCAUGUACGGCAUCGGCAAGCUCGAGGGCAACGAUCUGCAGAUCGCCUCGUGGCGCGCCACCACCUCGCAGCUCUACACCACCCUGGCCAUCAUCGCCAUCCCCCUCGGCCUGUGGUCGUCUCCCUUCUCCGCUGUCCUCUGGCUCAUUGGCGCGUCCGGCGUUACCAUCAUCGGCCACGCUGCGUUCCUCGACAAGCCCAUCGAAUAUCAGGAUGUGACCGAAACGACCGGCGUUAAUGUAGAGCAAGGAUACCAGCAAGCUUCAGAUAGCAAGCCUCUUUUGAAUAAGGACGAUUUAUACUUCAACGACAUGGAUAUACGAGCAUGGGAACGGCGGACUGCGGCGCUCGGUGGUGCGCCUCCCCGGAAUGACCGCUACCAGGAGGACGAAGGCUACGAUGGAGACCGUAUGUCUGCAGCUGAAUACGAAGAAGUGCUUUUCCAACGCGUCCUCGACAAGAUCCGCCUAGCCCGAGCCGCAGACAUCCCCGACGUGCAAUUGACGCCUGAAGAGCUCGACGCGUACCAGUCGAAGCUCCACGGGACGAGAUCGCCUGCAGUGCGCACGCCUCGGAGUCCGCUUUCCCCGCCGCUGACCGACGCCAUGAGUGUCAGCUCAGCCAGCAAGAAAAGCUCGAGCUCGCGGGCCAAGAAAGAAUCGCGCUCGCUCUUCGCGCCGAAGCCGAAAAAGGAGAAUCCAAGCCGCAAACCCGCUCCGUCGAACAUGUCGAGCGCGCCUCCGCCUGGCUUCAUGGUCCCCGGUCCAGAUGGCCAGCCAAUUUACACCCCCAUCAACGCGUACCAGGGCGACCUGACCCGCGAUCCAACACCACCGGCUCCUCCCGUACCCAGGCACGUUCCGGCCAGCGAGCGGCCCGUUCCCACGCGCCGCGCGCUGAUAGACAUGCCUGGCGCUUUUCCCGGCGCGCUGCCCACGUCCCCGCAUCUCUACCACCGCCCGCAAGAUCUACCGCCCACGGCCGGUCUGGGCAUCUCCCGCGCCCCGCCGUCUUCAAGUCUGAGUCUCAGUCCUACCGUAGAGCCGUAUGUGUACCACACGCCCAAGCCAACAUACACGCGCGUCUCAAGCGCAGAGAGCAGUUUCACCGCCGUUCCGCGCCGCGUGCCCGUGCCGCAGCCCAGUCUUCCAGACGUCGGGCUCGGGGCGCGCGCCGAGCGGGCGAGUGGUGCGGUCGAUGGGGUGCGCGCUGAACGGGCGCAGGACGGUGUUGUGUUGGGGGAUGCGAGUGCUGGAAAGGCCGCGGAUGCAGACGCGCAGACGCUGGGCGGCAAGUCAGUCAAGGACGGGAAGCGGGAGGAGCGGCGGCGGAAGAGUAAGGGGAAGAGGGCGCUGUGA